AUGCCUAUCUCCAAGAUCCACGCUCGCUCGGUCUACGACUCUCGCGGCAACCCCACCGUUGAGGUGGAUGUCGUCACCGAGACUGGCCUGCACCGCGCCAUCGUUCCCUCUGGUGCCUCUACUGGUCAGCACGAGGCUUGCGAGCUCCGUGAUGGUGACAAGACGAAGUGGGGUGGCAAGGGUGUCUUGAAAGCCGUUAAGAACGUUAACGAGACUAUUGGACCCGCCAUCAUCAAGGAGAACAUUGACGUGAAGGACCAGAGCAAGGUUGAUGAGUUCCUCAUCAAGCUUGACGGAACCACCAACAAGACCAACUUGGGUGCCAAUGCUAUCCUCGGUGUCAGUCUGGCUGUGGCCAAGGCUGGUGCCGCUGAGAAGGGCGUUCCUCUGUACGCCCACGUCUCUGACCUCGCUGGCACCAAGAAGCCCUACGUUCUUCCCGUCCCCUUCCAGAACGUCCUGAACGGUGGUUCCCACGCCGGUGGACGUCUUGCUUUCCAGGAGUUCAUGAUCGUUCCCGACACCGCUCCCACUUUCACCGAGGGUCUCCGCCAAGGUGCCGAGGUCUACCAGAAGCUCAAGACUUUGGCCAAGAAGAAGUAUGGCCAGUCUGCUGGUAACGUUGGUGACGAAGGUGGUGUUGCCCCUGACAUCCAGACCGCCGAGGAGGCUCUCGACUUGAUCACAGAGUCCAUCGAGCAGGCCGGCUACACUGGCAAGAUCAAGAUCGCCAUGGACGUUGCUUCCAGCGAGUUCUACAAGCCUGAGGCCAAGAAAUACGACCUUGACUUCAAGAACCCUGACAGCGACCCCACCAAGUGGCUCACCUACGAGCAGCUCGCUGAUCUGUACAAGAGCCUGGCCGAAAAGUACCCCAUUGUUAGCAUCGAGGACCCCUUCGCCGAGGAUGACUGGGAGGCCUGGAGCUACUUCUUCAAGACCUCUAACUUCCAGAUUAUCACCAUGGCACCUCCUAAGUGGGACGACGAAGAGGACAGCACCCCUCCUUCAUCCCCUCCGCUAGUCGCAGCUCGUCGCAAAUUUGACGACGAGGAAGAGGAGGAGGUCCUUGAUUCGUGGGAUGCAGCAGAAGACUCGGAAGUCGAGCGCGAAAAGGCCAAAGCCGCCGCCGCCGCCAAAGCCAAGGCUGAUGCAGAAGCUGCUGCAAAGAAGAAGAGCAAGGUCAAGCGCAUAGAAGAACACCAGGUAGAGCGGAGACGGCGCGCGGAAGACGACUCGGAUAGCAGCGAGGACGAAGACGAGGCGGAACGACGCGCGCGACUACGGCAAACGGAACAGGACGCUGACCUGAAGCACGCCCAGGACCUCAUUGGCGACAUUGACCUGAACCGCAGCAAAAACAGGGGCAAGGCUAAAGCAGUCGUUAUCGGAGACGCGUCCGAUCCGACCAAGUCUAUUGACCUCUCGGCGCUGCCUUUGUUCCAGCCUACGACAAAGGACCAGUUCGCAAACUUGACCAGCAUCCUGAUCCCGUUGCUGACGGCCAACUCGAAAAAGGCACAGUACGCACUGUGGGCACCCGAGUUUUGCAAACAGCUUGUGAAGGAACUCCCCAGCGACCAGAUCAAAAAGGUCGCUAGCUCGCUGACAGCACUGAGCAACGAGAAAAUGCGCGAGGAACGCGCAGCUGAUAAAGGAGGCAAGAAGAGCAAGGCUGCAAAGAGCAAGACUACAUUGAACACACAACGAGACUUUACCAAGGUUGAUACCAACACCUAUGAGGAAGAGGACUUUGGAGAUGAGGAUUUCAUGUAG